AUUCUUCGUGUAGCCGUUUCAAUCUAUGACAUCAUUGAUCGAGCAUUCAAGAAGCAAGGCAACGGUCACAACCGUACUCAAAUCUUUCAGGCCAAAAAGAUCCAGCCCGUCCAAAAAUGCUCGGAUAGUUAUAAUAACGUCGCUAGAAAACAUUCGGUGAUAGGUAAAAGACAUGCUCUACAUAUUUUUCUACUGUUUUUUUCUCACAAACCGCAAUAAAUGUUUUUCAGGCUUGAGCCCAUUUGAGUACAGUGUUUCUAGUAUAUUGGCGAAAAACAGCCAGUUCAGAAAGCAUGCCAAUCUUCUUAAUACCAUAGGUGAUGGGCUACCUUACGAUGCUUUACAUGGCUAUCUGAGAGCUAAAGAAGAGUCGCAUAUGUUGAAGGACGAAGCAAUUUCGGUGCUGAGAUAUGGAAACGACGUCGUUAACAACCUCACAGCUGCUGCCAAGGAUCCCGAGGUUGGGGUUAAUAUUUCGGACGAAGACCUUGGGACAAUCGGUGUUUGCAAGCAGAAGCUCGUGGGGGCUAAGCGUUGGUACGAAGAGCAGAAAACUCGUCUUACUAAAAUUGCAGCAGGGCUACGAUCUGUAUCAACCACCAUUAGCAAUCAGGAAGAAGAUGACGAACAAACUGAUGAAGUUGACGACGAAGAACCGGCAGCCCAGUUCAAUUCGAAAACUGGAUUGAAAACAUUAAUUAAUUGAAAAGAACAAAACUUCAUACAAAUACUUGAUCCUUUACAUCCAUAGAUACAAUAUUCAAAUAUAUUUACCGCUAUUGCUCAUACUUGCGUCUCGGAUAGUUGGAUAGUGCACAGACAGAGUGUAAAUCAGCUUAAAAGUGGUAGCAGCUCGUUAUUCAAAAGCGUGCAUUUUUCUUCAUCACGGGAAGACAACCAUAGUAACAAACCUGAAACAUUGGUAGAAAACAGAACUCUCAAAAGAUCGAAUCUGUGAACCUUUGUUUUCGACAUCGACAUAAAACUUACUGUAACUAUCUUGAGCAAAUUUGAAAGU